CUCGGCAGCAGCUAGCGGCACAUUUCUCCAAACUUUGCUUUAGAUUAGAUUCGCAUUCCGUAGCCCAGCCUUCUUUUCUUUCCUCUUCUUCCAUUCUUGCUACUGCUCUCUGCCUCCUCCGUCUUCUGUAAUCCGGGUCUCAUCGCGUUGGUUUUCACGUCUCCCCCGCAUUCCCCCAACAGUAAGCACCACCAUGCGCUUCUCCGCAGCUACUCUUGUCGCGGCUCUGCCCGCCCUCGCCGCCGCCCAAGAGAAUCCUCUGGAUCAGUAUGUGGCCCAAUUCCAGCAGAUUCUGGGACAGGUCAGCUCUAAGCUGCCGCUUCCCGGCACAUAUGAUGCCGCUGGCGCUCACGAGGCCAAGACGGGUCCUAUGAAGCUGUCUGUCCUGAGCCUGGAUAACUGGAAGGAGACGCUCUACGAGCCUGUGGCACCCGGCUCAAAGACGCCCGAGGAGUGGUAUGUUUUGUUCAGCGGCGGUAACAAGACAUGCUUCGGCCACUGUGGCCGAAUUGAGGCUGCCUUCAACGAGACGGCCGCCAAGUUUGCCGAGCUCCCAAACACUCCCCAUAUGGGCCUUGUCAACUGUGACAGCCAGCCCAUCCUUUGCAACGCUUGGUCUGCCAACCCUGGCAACAUCUGGGCUAUCGAGAUGCUUCCCGAGCCAGCCCCCAUCGAUAUCUACAAGACGAGAUUGAAUCUGACCACCGUCACCUCUGACGACAUUGUCAAGCUGCACGAGGCCGGAAACAAGGAGAGCUUUGUUCUCCUCGAUUCUUGGUUCCACCCCUUUAAUGGCAAGGCCGUUGAGCUUGGCUUGGCCACUCCUCUUGGCUACGCUAUGUGGGUUUUCGGCCUCCUCCCCAACUGGGCCUUCAUGCUGCUCGUUUCUUUCGCUAGCCGAAGCUUUAUGGGCAACCGCAUGCAGCCAAACCGACAGCCCGGCGGUGCUCCCCGUGGAGCCCCUGCUGCCGCCCAACGAAAAUGAUCAAGUGGCUCGUAAAAAGUCUGUAUGAUUUGUCGUGGGUAGGAUAUUUAGUAUCAAGCCAUAGAGCGUUCGAUGGAAUGAUGCAUAUCAAUAUCAUGAAAAGGGGGAUAAAUCCCCGGAGGCUUAUCUUUUAUGAAUGAUACCAAAAUGAGGGCUGUUGGUUAAGGGCUUUUUGGGUAUGAGAUACGUAGCUUUAUGACGGAAAAAAAAUGGGAAAAUCCAAUU